AAAGUCUCUGCAGUAGAUCUGAUGAUAAUAAUUAUUUAAAUUCACAAUGGUGCUGAUAUAUGUUUUAACUAAUUAAAGGCACAAGACAUUUCAUAUUAAUAGUCAUUAAUUGUAAGAGUGGAUAUACUUCAAGAAAAGUCACUAAUAUAUUUAUUUGUGCUUAUUUCAUUAUUGUUUCGGAUAUUAUAUUAAGAAGAUGCACAUACCACUAGUCACCUUUAUUGUCCAUUGCGCUGUCAUAUUUCAAAUAGGCUCAGCAACUGUACAGACUUACGACGUUCCUAGACCCCUAGCACAAUGUUUUGGCACUUACAAAAAGAAAACAUCUAUAGCAAAAACACCGGCAGUAUCCAUUCAGGCGCAUUGUGAAAAUAUGUAUAUGUGGCAACAUGCUAAAGAUUUAAAUAUACAACGUGGGGCAUCCCCUCAAACUAUAGAGUUUAUUACAAGCCUAUGUCAAGAUACAAAACAAGAAAUCCGAAGGUUUAGAAUGAAACGAAAGAAGCGACAAGCCAGUCCCUUGAGUCAUACCGGACCAAAGCCAAAACUCCGCAUCCGGAAGGAGAUCCGUAUGAUGUCUAAGGAAGAAAUACAGUUAUUUAUAGACGCUGUAAAUAGUGCAAAGAAAAACGAGUCUAUUGCACCAAAUAAAUAUGAUGCCCUCGCCGAGUUCCAUACUGGUAUGACGUCAGUGUCCGCACAUGGUGGCUGCAAUUUCCUUGGCUGGCAUAGGAUGUAUCUACUUAUGUUUGAAAACGCUCUAAGAAGUGAAGGACCAAGAUUUGCAGAUGUCACGCUACCAUAUUGGGACUCUACUUUAGACGGCAAAAUGGACGACGCCUUACAAACUGCGUUGUUUAGUGACCGCCUUUGUGGAUCAUGCGAAGGCGAGGCAAAGGGCGGUAUCAUGCAACAAGGUUGGCCGUCGUCGUUAGGUGUUAUCACACGAAACUGUGCAAUAGACGGUCCAUUGAUCUCAAAUAAGAUGAUUGAGAACAUAACAAAACAUACAAGAAUGCAUGAAAUAUGUGGAGAAGAUUCUGAUAUUGACCAUGAUUGGGAGUUUCAUCACAACGGAGUACACAGAUGGAUUGACGGACAGAUGGCAAUCUUGUCGUCUGCUGUGUAUGACCCCAUAUUUUGGCUCCACCAUUGCUUUAUUGAUUUAGUUUGGGAACUCUUCAGAGAAAAUCAAAAAAGCGCAGGUGUAGAUCUUGAGUCAGAUUACCCAGCUAAUCCAACAACUAUGGGCGCUCAAGAACUUCACCUACCAACUGCAAAAAUGGGUUUUGCAGAUCUGGACGUUAUUGAUGGUUUGAGUGAAAUGUUCACGACAGAAUGGUACAAAUACGAUAAAAGACCAACUUGUAACAAAGGAAAACAAGACUGUGGCUCAGUCUAUUUAAAAUGUGUACCUGCAAUAGACCCAGAUGAGCGUGGUAGAGGUCAAUAUGAGUGUAUGGCUAGAACGCUUAAAGAAGUUGAAGAUUACGAAGCGGAAUUGAAUAAACCCAAACCUAAACCUUGCAAACCAACAAAACCACACACGACGCGCCCACAUGUACCUUCGACAACACCGUAUCCAAACACUAACGUUACUGAGCCAACAACUCCAACAGUGGAAAAACCUACUAAGGCAAUCAAACCAGUUCAGAACACAUUUUGCAUGAACGGCCAAAGUGACAUAGCACAGUGGGUGUACAUUCCAGUAAAACUUAUUUUGAGAAGGCCCCCAGAUUACACAAAUUAUGGAUCAUACCCUGUGAGACGUGGAAAAAUCCAAAAAGGUCAGGGAGAUAUUUAUGCACCCAGUGCAUACAGCAACGUGUACAGACAUUUACGAAAAGCAGAGACACCGGCGAAAUAUGAAGAUUGCAUAGAACCUAGCACACCUACAAAUACAAUUUAUGUAAAAUCAAUGGGGUUGAACUAUGAAGGUAUUUACAAAGAAUAUGCCAUAUUGGACAGAAGAUUAGCAAUAACUGUAGCGACAGCGUAUCUUGCUGUCCGAAAACCCAUGUCCGAAAGUGAUGUAUCUGUUGCAAUGUUAAACGCACAAGAUUCAUGCGGUCGUGUGUGCAAACCAAUCUGUCUCGUGCCAGGAACUGAAAUAUAUCGCCCGUGUUCUGGUGCUGUAAAAAUAACAGGUGGGAUACCACUUCAAUUCGGAAACUCGUUCGGAGACGCUGUUCUUAAUGUUUGGGACUUUAACACUGAUGCAAGUUGUCCACAGCUGACUACAAACAGCAUGGUAGUGAGCUUUUACUGUGACUACAGCACGGAAUGGGUGUGGCCUUCAAUUGAUCCAGUCACACGCCCACCAGCUACAGUCACACCACCACCAGCAUUAGAGAAAACGACGGUUACUGCAGGUUGCUCUUUGGGAUGGGGAUGCGUUGUAAAUAAACCAUGUAAUGCAUUGAAGACGUGCACCAACGGCGAGGUGCUUGAAUGUCUGAAGUCAUGUCAUAUGUAUGCAAGCUGUUUCAAGAACCAGUAUAUGUUAUAUCAGUGUAGACGAGGUGAAAGGUAUCUCAUGGGUAAAGGGUGCGUCAGUUCAAGAACAAAUCCAUGUAAUUACAGCAAAUCAGGCCUCGAUAGAUGGAACCGGGGCCGAGGCAGAAAUAACCGCAGACGACAAAGACGUACCGCUUUACGGAUUCGCAUGAACGAUGUCGCAAUAUAGAAAUAAUUACGUCAUAUAUUACAGAACAUCAAAUAUCUCUAAAAAAAAUCAGGAACGAUGCAUUUCAACAUUUGUUAUAGAUAGGAAACCGUAGCACGUGUUUGAAACUAGUCGAAUGUGUGAACUAAAUUCGAAGUUAGGUUGGACAUUUGCUCCGGACUUUAUCAGACACAAAAAUAAUGUGGAUCGGUUAUUCUGUGAUCGAGGAAUCAUUAUGAUGAGUUAUAAUAAAAUGUUUGACGCAUUUUUUACAAAAGACGACAGUUUCAAACUAAUUGAUUAGAGAAUGUAAAUUGGCUUCCUCUUAUAAAAUCACGUUAACGUCAUGUUGCCAAUGACAAUAAUAUACGUUACGUUACCGCAACUUACCAUAAACGACUAUUAUAAAUGAAAUGUGAAACUUUGUGACCAAAGCUUAACUAUUAUUGAACAUUAAAGACCUAGGAUUAUUUAUGAGCCUAACGUAACGUCAGUUAACCGCUAAUUUGUCCCAUUUCCUCCAUACGUUUUGUUUUACGUUGCGUUGACGUAAUUAACGGCGAUCCAUUAAUGUCAUUUUUUCACGAUUAUGUUGUUUGUACCGUGGUCAUAAUUUAUUCUUGUAUCUCGUGUGUGAUGCAUUUAUAUAUGUUGUGCUUCAAUUGUUAGCACAGGUAUGUUUUAACAUGUAUAUAAAAAUAUAUGUGUUUGUGUAUUGUCUAAAUGGACUGAUAAAAACCAUAAUGUCCUCAACGUCUUUAUUUUUAGUGUAUGUAUGCAAUCAACGUAAGAUUCUACUUAAUCAUUUAUAUUUGAACGUUAGCGAAAGAUAGAUUGUAAACCUGAAUUUGUGAUAGAUUGUAAAUCUGCUUCAAUUUACAUUAACCUUUCUUUUAUAACUGAAGUAAUUUGCACUUAAGAAAAAUUAGAAAAAACAACACAUUUUCUUAUUUUUUUUCCUUUAUAAUGAUUACAAAGCUUGUUAAAAGUUUAAUUGUUGUAUAUAAAUUCACUUAAUUAGCCACUGAAGCUCUGUCAUUUAUUUUUUUUUUUUGAAAUUUAGAUUUACAUAUUGCAUUUGAGUUGUAACAAUUUGCAAUUUAUAAAAUGUACAUGAAAUCUUAUUUACCGAAAGCUUUUCUCUGCAUCUUAUUCAUAAAGAUACGUUAUUAUUAUUUUUUUUUUUACUAAAUGCGAAUAUGAUUAUUUAUUGCGUAACUGAAACAACAUUAUGAAAUAUUUCGGGUUAAUUAUUUCAAAUAUUUUGAUAUACUGUCGGAAACCCCCACAAGUAAAGAUCUGUGUAAAACAAUGGUUUUUUUAUAUUGAUUACAGGGAAAACAUUCAGAUUUCUCUGUAAUUAUCUAAAUUUUAUUUUGAACAUAUAUUUAUUUAUAGACAAUAUACGUAAACAAACAUUUUAGAUCGCAAUACUUUAUAUAAUAAAUAACAUUUCAUUCUUUUGAUAUAUGUUUGUUUUUCGAGCAGAUACAUUGUUUAUUUUUCGUCUUUUUAUUUUGAUGUACGUAACUUGUUUAGAAUGUAUGAUUGAUCCAUAUAAAUCACAAUGGUCUAGUUCGGAUGUGAUUAGUUUGUAACUGUAUUUUGUGUCUUUUUUGAAAAUAUUUUAUAACCAUGUAUUUAUUUAAUGUUCCAAAUGUUUAUUUUUAUUUUCCAUGUGCUAUACUUUAACUGUGCAAUAAAAUUGACAAAUA